CUCAUUGUGCUGAUAAAUGUGUCCAUGGUCGUUGUAUUGCUCCAAACACCUGUCAGUGUGAGCCUGGCUGGGGAGGACCCAACUGCUCCAGUGCAUGUGACAGUGACCACUGGGGACCUCACUGCAGCAGCCGCUGCCAGUGCAAAAACGGAGCCUUGUGCAACCCCAUCACUGGAGCCUGCCACUGUGCAUCGGGUUUCAAGGGCUGGCGCUGCGAGGAACGCUGCGAUCAAGGGACGUACGGAAACGAUUGCCAUCAGAAGUGCCAGUGUCAAAAUGGAGCCACCUGCGACCACGUGACUGGAGAGUGCAGAUGUCCUCCUGGAUACACUGGUGCCUUCUGCGAGGACCUUUGUCCCCCCGGGAAGCAUGGGCCGCAGUGCGAGGAGAGAUGCCCGUGCCAGAACGGGGGCGUCUGUCACCACGUCACCGGGGAGUGUGCCUGCCCGCCAGGAUGGAUGGGCAUGGUCUGUGGUCAGCCUUGUCCUGAGGGUCGUUACGGGAAAAACUGUUCCCAGGAGUGCCAGUGCCACAAUGGAGGGACGUGUGACUCAGCAACAGGUCAAUGUCACUGCAGCCCUGGUUACACAGGGGAACGGUGUCAAGAUGAGUGUCCAGUGGGGACUUACGGAGUGCAGUGUGCUGAGACCUGCAAGUGUAUGAAUGGUGGGAAAUGUUACCAUAUUAGUGGUGCCUGUCUCUGUGAACCAGGAUACAGUGGAGAGCACUGUGAAACAAGGCUUUGCCCUGAGGGAAUUUAUGGUCUCAAGUGUGAUAAAAAAUGUCCCUGCCACAUGCCCAAUACCUGGAGCUGUCACCCUAUGUCUGGGGAAUGCUCCUGCAAGCCUGGCUGGUCUGGGCUCUACUGCAAUGAGACGUGUUCCCCAGGAUUCUAUGGCGAGUCAUGUCAGCAGAUCUGCAGCUGCCAAAAUGGUGCUGACUGUGACAGUGUGACUGGAAAAUGCACCUGUGCCCCUGGAUUUAAGGGUGCUGCUUGUGGUACUCCUUGCCUUCCGGGGACAUACGGAGUAAACUGUUCAUCUGUGUGCAACUGCAAAAACGAAGCUAUCUGUUCACCAGUAGAUGGUUCUUGUGCCUGUAAAGCAGGUUGGCAUGGUGUAGAUUGCUCAAUAAAUUGUCCCAGCGGUACCUGGGGCCUUGGCUGUAAUUUAACUUGCCAGUGUCUUAAUGGAGGGGCUUGCAAUGCGCUGGAUGGAACCUGUACCUGUGCCCCGGGCUGGAGAGGACAAAAAUGCGAACUCCCUUGCCAGGACGGCACAUAUGGUAUGGAUUGUGCUGAACGCUGUGACUGCAGCCAUGCAGAUGGUUGUCAUCCCACCACGGGUUACUGUCGCUGUUUACCGGGAUGGUCAGGCAUUCAUUGUGACAGCGUAUGUGCUGAGGGACAGUGGGGCCCAAAUUGCUCGUUGUCUUGUUACUGCAAAAAUGGAGCAUCCUGCUCUCCAGAUGAUGGAAUCUGUGAGUGUGCACCAGGAUACAGAGGCACCACUUGUCAGAGAAUUUGUUCCCCUGGAUUUUAUGGACACCGCUGCAGCCAGACAUGCCCCCAGUGUGUACACAGCAGUGGUCCCUGCCACCAUAUUACUGGCUUAUGUGACUGCUUACCUGGAUUUACAGGAGCCCUCUGUAAUGAAGUAUGUCCCAGUGGCAGAUUUGGCAAGAACUGCAUUGGAAUAUGCACCUGCACCAAUAAUGGAACAUGUAAUCCUAUUGAUAGAUCCUGUCAGUGUUACCCUGGCUGGAUUGGUAGUGACUGCUCUCAGCCUUGCCCACCUUCCCACUGGGGACCAAACUGCAUCCACACAUGCAACUGCCAUAAUGGAGCUUACUGCAGUGCCUACGAUGGGGAGUGCAAAUGUACCCCAGGAUGGACUGGCCUUUACUGUACACAAAGAUGUCCCCUAGGGUUUUACGGGAAGGACUGUGCAUUGAUAUGCCAAUGUCAGAACGGAGCCGACUGCGACCACAUCAGUGGGCAGUGCACCUGCCGCACAGGGUUCAUGGGGAAGCACUGUGAGCAGAAAUGCCCUCACGGUACAUAUGGAUAUGGAUGCCGGCAGAUAUGUGACUGUCUGAACAACUCAACUUGUGACCACAUCACGGGAACGUGUUACUGCAGCCCAGGCUGGAAAGGGGCCAGGUGUGAUCAAGCUGGUGUAAUUAUAGUGGGAAACUUGAACAGUUUAAGCCGUACCAGUACUGCCAUCCCUGCUGAUUCUUACCAGAUAGGGGCUAUAGCAGGCAUCAUCAUUCUUGUUCUGGUUGUGCUUUUCCUGCUAGUGCUGUUCAUCAUUUACAGACAUAAGCAGAAAGGAAAAGAAACAAACAUGCCCGCAGUGACCUAUACCCCUGCUAUGAGAGUCAUCAAUGCAGAUUACACCAUUUCAGAAACCAUCCCUCACAGUAAUGGUGGAAAUGCUAACAGUCACUAUUUCUCUAACCCUAGUUAUCAUACUCUAACUCAAUGCACUACCCCACCUCAUGUCAACAACAUGGACAGACUGACCCUGGCAAAGGCAAAAAACAAUCAGCUGUUUGUGAACCUUAAAAAUGUGGAACCUGGAAAACGAGGCACUGUCAUGGACUACACAGGAACACUGCCUGCAGACUGGAAACAUGGUGGCUACCUCAAUGAGCUUGGUGCUUUUGGACUUGAUAGGGGACAUUUGGGAAAGUCCCUGAAAGAUCUAGUGAAGAACUCAGAAUACAAUUUAAGUAAUUGCUCAUUAAGUAGUUCUGAGAACCCAUACGCAACUAUAAAAGACCCACCAGCUCUGCUACCAAAAAGCUCAGAAUGCGGAUAUGUUGAAAUGAAGUCACCAGCACGCAGGGACUCCCCGUAUGCUGAGAUCGCUGGCUCUGCUUCAGCCAAUAAGAAUGUUUAUGAAGUUGAACCUACAGUGAGUGUUGUCCAGGGAGCAUUCAGCAGCAGCGGACGUCUUAGCCAGGAUCCUUAUGAUCUUCCAAAAAACAGCCAUAUUCCAUGUCAUUAUGACUUGCUACCAGUUCGAGAUAGUCCCACAUCCUCUACAAAGGAGGUCAGCAGUGAAUGA